ACCGCCAUGAGCUAUGAAGAAAAAAAAAAAAGGAUUGAUAACAAAUAACAGUAGUACUUUGCAACACCAGUAGCAAAAAGGGAGCUUGCAAGGGCCGUGAUAAAGGUGGCGCCGAACAUUCACAGCUACAGUUGUUUGGAUUUCGUUUGGCAGGAAGGCCCGAGCGCGGCAUACAGCAGCAAUCCAGUGCCUCGCCACAAAGCUUGGGAAACGCGGUUGGAGCAAAUUCCACAGUCAUGGGUGGAGGGGAUCUCAACCUUAAAAAAUCAUGGCAUCCAAGUACCAUGAAAAACCAGGAACGUGUGUGGAAGGCAGAGCAGCAGAAGGCAGAGGAGGAUCGGAAGAUGGCAGAGCUGCAGAGGGAGCUGAAGGAGGAGAGGGAGAGAGAAGUACUGAAGAGAACAGCUGAGGCAUCAGGGGCAAUUGCAAAGAGGGGAGAAGAAAAGCUUGACUGGAUGUAUAAAGGUCCAGGGGGCCAUGUCAGUCGUGAGGAAUACCUGCUGGGUCGUAAAAUUGACAAGGCCUUGGAACAGCUAGAGCGUGCUGAGGCUGCAGAAGAAGCACAGGAGGGAGACCAGCCACCCCCUCAGCAAAGUAAAUCAUCAUACACAAUUGAGCAUGAAAUUAACCCUGAGUCAGUGAUUCGCCGUGAACAAAGUGACAUCCAAGUAGACAUGCACAGAAAACUUAUGGAAGACCCUCUCCUCCUCAUCCGCAAGCAGGAGGAGGAAACAAAGAGGCAGAUCACCAAUAACCCAGUCAAGAUGAAACAGUUGCAGCAGCUGAUAAAUACAAUUAAAUCAAAGAAGAAUAAGAGGUCUAGACGAAGUGAAUCUACAGCUUCAUCGAGCACAAGCUCAGAUUCUGAGAAUGAAGAUGAAAAGAGAGGAAAGAGUAAAAAGAAAAAGAGAAAAAAGUCUAAGCAAAGGCAUUCCUCAAGUAGUAGCAGCUCAUCUGAUGAUACAGAAUCAUCUUCAAGCUCUGAGUCUGACAGGGGAAGGAAACAUAAAAAGAAGAAGAAAAAAUCAAAAUCCAAGAAAAAGAAAAAAGAAAGAAGUAGGAAAAAGGAAGCAGCCAUUAAAAAGAAAUCAAAAAAGAAAAAGAAGGAGAAUGAAAUUGAAGAUCGAACAAAAAAUCUAAAGAGAGAAGUUAAGGGAGAAAAUUAUGGUAGUAGGAAGCAAAAAUCAGAUAGAAAUGAAGAUAGUGACACAGACUUGCAUUGGAAUACAGAAAUGUCAAGGAAAGGGGCCAGUGAAAGGAAUCCAGAAAGAAGUAGGAGGGAAGAAGGAAUGAAAGGAUGGAAAAUUUACAAUAGAGAACAGAACAGAGACUGGGAACAAAGAAGAGGAGAAAUUAGAGGAAGAAGCGAUAGGUAUGCUAAACAGUUAAAUAGGGGGAACAGAAACAGAAGCAUGAGCAAGAGUAGAGGUAGAAAUAGGAGUCGGAGUAGAAGCAGGGGUAGAAAUAAGAGCAGAAGUAGAAGCAGAGGUAGAAAUAAAAGCAGGAGUAGAAGCAGAGAUAGAAAUAGGAGCAGAAGUAGAAACAGAGGUAGAAAUAAAAGUAGGAGUAAAAGUAAGAGCAGAAAUAGAAGCAGAAGUAGGGGUAGGAACAGAAGCAGAAGUAGAAGCCGAGGUAGAAAUAGGAGUAGAAGCAGAAGUAAAGAACACAAUCAACAAGGACAGGGAAAAACCAGGCAGAAACUUAGUGAAAAAGAGAUGGAUGAACUGCGGGAGCAAAUGAUGGCAGCAGCAAAGAAGAGAGAUGAGGAAAGAAAAAAAAAUGUCAUGAGAUAUGAUGCAGAGAAGAAAAAAGAAGAAGAAAUGAAUGAGUAUGCAGAGGACUUUGUGAGGAAUAGUUUGGCAAGUGCUUCUCAAGGGACCAUAGAGGAGAGGGUCAAAUCUCGCAUUAGUUCAUCUCAACGAGGAACAGCACACAUGGACUCAAACUUUAUGAAGAAGUAACUGUGUCAUCUAAAUCAGCAGAGUAUUCACUGAAAGCUAUAAAUAGGGAAUACAUGUGCUUGUGUUUCUUAAGUAAGGUGUUGUGUGUGUUUGUGGAGAGGUGUAAAGAGAAUGGAAGUUGUCAUUGGAUUGUGAAAUUACAUGUCUCAUAUGAAGUCUUGAAUUUGAUGAAGUUUAUAUAAUUGUAAAGUAAGUGCUAGAAUUCAGAAAGUUAAGCUGUACAUUUAUUAUAUUUUCUUGAUUGUAUAUUAAUUCCUUGUGAUCAAAAUAAAUGCUUGAUGACCA